AUGGAUACUCUAAAACAGAAGAUGUCCUCCCUAACACCUUUUGCGAAGAAGCACAAAGUAACCAUCGUCGGAUCUGGCAAUUGGGGUUCAACAAUCGCCAAAGUCGUUGCCGAGAAUACUGCUGCUCACUCGGAAAUUUUCGAGAAAGACGUCCAGAUGUGGGUGUACGAGGAAGAAAUCACUGUGCCAAAGUCAUCACAGCACUAUGAUGCCUCCUCUGACCUCAGCACCAAACCCCAGAAGCUCACCCACCUCAUCAACCACUUCCAUGAGAACGUCAAAUACCUCCCCGGUAUUCCUUUGCCCAAGAAUGUGAUUGCAAAUCCAUCCCUCACCAACGCCGUCAAAGAUUCUACCAUCCUAGUGUUCAACCUUCCGCAUCAAUUUAUUGGUGGCAUAUGUAAACAGUUGCGGGGACACAUCCUGCCAUAUGCAAGAGGCAUCUCGUGUAUCAAAGGAGUAAAUGUGCAAGAAGAUUCGGUCUCGCUAUUCUCUGAAGUGAUUGGCAAGGAACUUGAUAUCUACUGUGGAGCACUCUCGGGAGCAAACAUAGCCAAUGAAGUGGCGCAAGAGAAGUUCUCGGAGACUACUGUUGCCUACGAUCCUCCUUCGGUUGACUCGCAGAACCCGACACCAGCCACUUCGAGAGGACCAAGUCCAGCGUCAAGCCAUGCCGACCUCACACAACUAGCACAUAGAGAUGUAUCAGGGAAAGCGUCAGGUGUCAAGCUCAAACCUCUCCCGCAAGAGUACCCGGCUCUUGAUCACAGCACUCUCAAGACUCUUUUCCACCGGACAUACUUCCAAGUUCGGGUGGUGUCGGACGUAGCUGGCGUAUCGCUUGGUGGUGCUCUGAAGAAUAUCAUCGCCAUUGCAGCAGGUUUCGUAGACGGGCUUGGUUGGGGAGAUAAUGCCAAGGCAGCUGUCAUGAGGAUCGGGCUGCUCGAGAUGGUCAAGUUCGGCAAACAAUUUUUUGGGAAGACUAUACAACCAAGAACCUUCACCGAAGAAUCGGCCGGUGUGGCAGAUUUGAUCACCACCUGUGCUGGAGGACGGAAUCACCGCUGCGCCAAAUUGAGUGUCCAGAGAGGAGUCCCCAUAGAAGAGGUGGAAGCUCAGGAGCUCAACGGCCAGAAGCUGCAAGGAACGCUUACUGCGGUAGAAGUCAACCAUUUUUUGAAGAUCCAAGGAAUGGAAAAGGAAUUCCCCCUAUUUACAGCUGUGUAUGAGAUUCUACAGGGAAGGGCCAAGGUUGAGGAUCUGCCACAGUUGAUUGAGGGAUCAGGCGAAAUACAGCCUUUCUCCAACAACAAGAACCUGUACAAAUCUCCUCCAUUGGCGACAACCCAAACUGAGCCUGAAUACCCACCAACCUCCCAACCUGAUUCAUCCAGCAAACCCUUCGUGAUAUCAAGUCCCAUCUCGGACUCUGUUUCCUCAGCUGGCAUGCUCCCUGCUACCACGCAUACAGCAGAUAAAAAGCUUACCAUGACUUCACCAUCCUCAAAGUCUCUGCCAAUAGCAUCCUCCUCCUCCUCCCCUUUCCUCGUCCCACCCCACCCGCUCUCAACCUCCCGCUACCACCGCCAACUCCUCGUCCCAUCCAUCUCCAUCCGCGGGCAGGAAGCAAUCUCAAAAGCCAAACCUCUCUUCCCCUUCCAAGCCCACCACCAAGCCAGCCCACUAACCCACCGUAUCUUCAUGUAG